CUUUGUUACUUUUAAGUUUUAAAUAAAUAACUUGUUAAGUUCCACUUGAAUUUUGCUGCGUAGCUGCUAAUACGCCUCUGCAGAUGAUGAGGCGAUGAAGAUUACCUUAAGCGGGGUUUGAUAUUCCAUAUUGGCAUAUUUCGAGAGAAUAUUUUUUCACAAUGCCUCCAUCAUCAGCUUUGAAGCGAAGUGAAGAAAAAGACAUCAAAAUCAGACAAAAGUGCAUUGAUGUGAGUCUGAAAGCAGUCAAGGAGCCUGGAGAGGCUUUAAAAUCAAAUUUAUUAAGAGUGAUUGGGUCCCUGGUGAGCCAGACUCCUAGCGUCCUCACAGGAAUUGCAAGCAAGAAGGACUCCCACGAUGAAGAUGGAGAGCAUCAACCUGGAUCAGAUCCAGCUGAGGAUCCUCUUGUAUUUAGUUGCUGGCUGUUGGCCGUUCUGACUGGCAUGCAGAGUUCUCCGCUUCUCAGAGCAGACAAUGUUAAGCUACAAGUUAAAGUUCUAAUGACCAUAGCCGCCAAGAAUCCGCACUUCUUCCGAAUAAUUUUGGAGGACUUCUACAAAAUUGGUUAUGAUGCUGUCAUAUUGAACAGCGAGCAGCUGAUGUCAGGAGUUAAGAAUGCAGAAAUGCUUUUAAAUGAAGAAAGUGAGGUGGCAGAUCUUUCUGAUGGAUUCUUUACAGCUACUUCUGGAGUACCUCCAUGCCUGAUAGCGCUAGCAACGCCCCGCAAGCGCCCCCCUGGCGACGGGCUCAAUGACCCCCGUCGCUACGCUCCCAUGAGCUCCGUGCUCUCCUUCCUUGGCAAGACUACGCGCCAGCCCCACGUGGACCUCUCGUCGCCCCACGCGCGUCAAGUCGUCAUCAGCAGCGUCCUUAAGAUCCUAGAGCACAUCGUGGAGCCGCUGCAAGCCUUGUGUCCAGAAGACUGUGUGCUCUGUAUAUAUGAACUGGCUGCCCUGGCUGUGCUCAGCCAUCGCAGCCAUGUGGCUGUACAGCAGCCAGCUCUGGCAUUACUGGCACAGCUUCUUCAGCUGGCUGGGGUGCCAUCUGUUUCUUCAGUGCAGAAGCUGCUCGUGGACGCUGUGCUGGUGGCGCUCAGGGACGCAGGCGCCAGCGGUGAAGACUGCCGGCCUGACGCUGCAGACCAGGAAGAGAACGUGCAGCAUCUACAAGCUCUGUGCAGCGCAACUGCUGCUCUGCGCUCUGCACUCCCUCGUCUGCACGGCAGCUCUGCACGACACGUGCACGCUCAACUCUGCGCCUUGCUGGCACAUCCUGCCUGGAACUUGCGUGUCUUGAACGAAGUGUUGCUGGUGGAGGUGGUGAUGCUGGUUGCUGGUUGUCAGAUGCUGGUUGAGCCUCAGCAGCAGCAGUUGCUCCCGAUACUGGCCGACAACAUCACUUGUCCACAGGUUGUGAAGUGCUUGCUGCCGCAAGUAUUACUGAGGGACUUGGAGGAAGCUAUUAGUGAAGCUUGUCCUACGAAUGCUAGUGCUAGUACACGUAAUAACACCAAUGCUAGUGUAGUCAAGCAAGAGAACACUAGCAACCGUGCUGUCAUAAACAUGCAGCACUCUAGCACUGUCUGGCAGAUCGUGCUGCAAAAAAUUUCUGUGAUUCUUAACACGUGGGACGAUCUGCUCGACAAUCACUGUAAAAAUACUGAUAUCGUUUCAACUAGCGUUGCCUCUACUAGUGUUGGUGCAACUAGUGUUGCUUCAACUAGCAUUGCCUCUACUAGUGCUGGAGCUACUAGUGUUGCCUCUACCAAUGUUGCCCCAACUAGUCUUGCCCCUGCUACUGUUGCCCCUACUAAUGCUGGCGCUACUAGUGUUGCCCCUGCUAGUGUUGCCCCUACUAGUGUUGCCUCGACUAAAGCUGCCCCUGCUAGUGUUGCCCCUGCUAGUGUUGCCUCGACUAAAGCUGCCCAUGCUAGUGUUGCCCCUGCUAGUGCUGGCGCAACUAGUGUUGCCGCUACUAGUGCUGCCUCAACUAGUGUUGCCCCGACUAGUGUCGCCCCUGCUAGUGCAGACACUAAGGUCAGCCGUGGGACCACCAGAAGUGACCGCAGUGAAGUCCUGAUCGCCGCCGCGGCUCCCGCGUCAGGAGCAACAGUGACGAGCGCGAGCGCUGACGACGUCUCAGCAGCAGAGAAGUUGUCGAGUGUCAGCGAGUGUAUAGCUGCUGUCAGGGAAUAUAUCGCUGCUGCUGCUGCUGCUGCUGCUGCUGCUGCUGCUGCUGAACAAGAUGUUGAGCUACAGUUCCUACCAAGAAGCAUCCUUCAUCAACUCUCCGAGCUUGUCUUCACUACCCUCUCCUCGAAGCAACAUUCUGAUGUAUCAGUGGAUGUUCUGGGAUUGCUGCACCUAGUGGCUUGGUUCACGAGCUGCGUCGAGAAGGAGGCGUCAAAUGCCAUCAGACUGCAAAAUAAAAAGUCUGCCCAUGAUAUUACUUCGGACGGUAAAGCGUCAGGGUUUGAUCAAAGUAAUGCUGACGUAGAUCUGCGCGUGAUGUGGACAAGCUUAGCCAGCCUCCCGUGGCUGUGUCAGGACACCUGCUGGCUCCACUGGCAGCCUGACAAAGUGGAGAGCUUCAAGUGGAAGGAUAAAGUCCUUUGGACCCGCGAUCCCGUGGCUAAGCUGCUAUGCCUGCGUAUUUUGUGCUGCUGUGUGGCCGUGGUGCCCGGCGCUGCUCUACACAGCAUCGUCAGCUGUGUUUCUCAAGACGACGCUCCGCUACCUAUGGAAGACGUGGGCAAUAUCGACGAUGAUGAUGACGUGGUUAUUAUUGAAAACGAAAAUGGCGCUGCCAGUCGUGAUAUUAGUAACCGAAAAUUCGGAGUUAGCGUCGACGAAGGCCGAAAAUUCGGAGUUAGCGUCGGCGAAGGCCCAAAAUUCGGAGUUUACGUAGGGGAAGGCCAAAAAUUCGGAGUUAACGUCGGCGAAGGCCGAAAAUUCGGAGUUAGCGUCGGCGAAGGCCGAAAAUUUGGAGUUAACGUUGGCGAAGGCAUGGGUGGAGUCACUGACAAGAAACCGAUUGUCGCUGAGAGCAAGAGAUUCACCAGAGGCAGUACUGGUGCUAUUAAGAGUGCCACAGGCCAAACCCCGAAGAACGAAUCCAGCGGAACAAACCCUGACGCUCCAAAUGCAGAAACAAACACCGCAAACACGCAAGCAAAUUCACAUUUCUCGGUGUCGGCAAGCGUGGUUAUCAUGCACCAUUUACCUUUGAUGGCCGCUACACUUAAGGUUCAUGAAGCUCAGGCGCUUUGUGACCUCCUGCUACCUCGCCUCCUGCAGCACACACAUCCUGCAGUUGCUGCUGCAGGAGCACGGACACUCAGACACCUGCCCUGUGCCCUGCUGGGUACUGCCCACGUCAGGGCACGUGCCCCCGCCACGUCACCUGACGUCAUCUGCUGCAGCGUCUGCGAUGCCAGGGAGUCCGCCCGUCUCUGGGACGCCUACUGCGUCGCCCUCGCCGAUUCUUUCAAGACGAACGCUCCAGAAGUGCCCACAGUUCACCAUUCAUCCGAACCAUCAUCACCAAAAUCAUCUUCGCUGCUGCAAUCUUAUCUAAUUCCUGUCUCUUCAUCACAACACAAACUAAACCCAGAGUUCUUCCUUCCGUUCUACAAACUCCUACUGAGGAAAGAACCUGAGGUUCUCAUAUCCUUGAUACACUCGCUACCUGCACUUGUGCACCACGGUGCAUUCACGUACCUGCGUCUGGUGCAAUUUUUACACUUGUUAUACCAUGAGAAUCUUUUAGUUCAGUCCGCCCUAGCACAGUCCCUAGGUACACUAGUUGCUGUACGUAUCGCUGAUGAUGAAUCUGCUGGAGAAGAAGAAUCCACGUUCAGGUUUAUUAUUCAGUUCAUAAUCCAGAGUUCGCUGGAUGUUGAGCUUCUAAACCGUCCAGCUACUCAUACUGGACUUAUACUGGCGAUCCAGAACAUUGUACAGCUGAGCACGCCAGAGAGCUGCGUCUACGUGUUACUGGCUCUGCUCCACUGUCUCUGUCUCACGCAACACCGCAACAUUAUUGCCCAGGUUCACCUAGCGGUUCCGUGUCUGGCUGAGCGGUUCACGUCGUCAGCUCAAGUUCACCUAGCGGUUCCGUGUCUGGCUGAGCGGUUCACGUCGUCAGCUCGUCAGCUGUUCCACCGCAACCGUCAGCUGCUCUGUAAAGUCUUCGUCGAGCGCGCCACAGAGACCAACCUCGAGCUCGUCCUCAGGCAUGCGGCAGAGCUCUUCAGAGACACCCAACUGCCGGGGGUAUUCAGAUACUGUGAUUCCUCGUGGGAUGAUCUAGUCGAGUUCACGAGCUCAAACUUCCGUCACCUGUUGCCCGGCCUCGUGACGCGGGCCGUGAAGGAGGGUAAACCAGCUCUGGUCACCGUGCUGCUCAAAUGUGUCAACAAAACACAUAAACACGAAGACAAACAAGAUGAAGACGAAGAACUGCUAGGCACUCAGUCUUCUUCCGUGGUCCAGCAACAGAAACCGUCCAGUGGCAGCAACGCCCCUAACUCGUUAUUGAUCGAUCAUUUCCAGCACAUCGUGGUGUAUGCAACGUUCUUCCAGACGCCCGAGGUUCUCGAGAAAAGCAUUCAGUAUGUGGCUGAUGCCACUUCUUUCCAUGCUGUGUUCAUCCGUCGCUGCAGCAUCCAGCUGCAGCUAAAUGAACUUGUAUUAGGACUACAUGACUUCAAAGAGAAGACCUUACGUGAACUAGAGUGUCUUAGUGCUCUCGAUGCCCCUGCACCGCAGCCAGAAACCCAGCGGCAUUUGCAGCAACUUGUACAACUGCAACAACAGAUUCGACAAAGAUCUCCUAACCUUGAAGUCAUAAAAAGCUUCGUUACGAGUCGCCUCCUUGGGGUUCUAAUGUUCCUUGACAACAAGAUGGUGUGUCCUCAAAGUCUCGUACAUGAACGUUCACAGGCAGUGUGGGCCGUUGCCGAAGUGAUCUCAGUGGUCGGGAGGCAAGGAGUCAGUAGCGUUGCGAGGAAACUUAUCGCUACUUUGAAACUUGCGCUGGAACAUACGAAACCCAGUGAGUGGAAGCGAUGCGCUGUUGCGUGCCGAGAGUUCGUAUUCCAUCUGGAGCCCACUUUGUUGGAUUCUCUGGUCGAGGAAAUCGUAGUGAUGAUAACUCCGGUCGUGGCAAAGUUCCCUCUCGCCCUCGGACCAACCCUCAACAGGAUUAUAUGCAAGCACCCUCAUCUCAGCACGGCAGUCGAGCGGCUGCCUCAGUCGCUGCCGGACGUGCCCCAGCUGCGCUUCUUGCGCGCCGCGUGUCAGCAUCGGCAGCGCAAAGAAAAACAAGGGCUGUCGCCCCGAGAACUCCUUUCUUCCUUGUGGCCGUGCGAGAAAGCUCUUGAACACGAAAAACUCCUUUCUUCCUUGUGGCCGUGCGUGAAAGCUCUUGAACACGAAAGCUACGACGUACGUCUGCACACCGUGCAGAGACUGCUGCACCUGCUGCACAGCCAUCACACACAGCUGUGCACUGCAGCUGUGCAGUGCAGUGAGGACGAUGCUGGGCGUCCUGACGAAGGCGCUGAAGAGGGAGGUGGUUCUAAAGGCGUGCUCGAUCAUCUCGCUAUUGCGCUCAUUGCGCAGUGUCGGUCUUCGUCCGAACAGCUCCAGGUUCUGGUGGCCGAGGCGCUGGGUUUGCUAGGAGCCAUCGACCCGUCGCGCCUGAUGCGCCUGCAGCUCAGCGCUCACCACGACCGCGUGCACACGUCGCUCUCCAGCGUGGGCUUCAUCCGCGACCUGGCCAUCGAACUGGCGAGGGCCUUCCUCUCCGCCACCGACUCCAACAUCCAGACCUGCGCCUCCUUCGCCCUGCAGGAGCUGCUGCGCAUCCACAACAUCCGUGACAACCCAUCAGGCUCUGACGUCGGAGCCGAGGUGUGGCGAUCCCUCCCUAACCAUGUACAGCACCUGCUUGGCCCGCUGCGCAGUUCCAAGUAUAUUAUAAGUGGGGCAAAAACCCCCCGCGUGGCAAUGCCAUCUGACUCCUCUUGGCUACCGGCCUUCGGGUCCCGAGAAGUGGCCAGCUUUAAGGCAUGGAUCCAGACAUGGAUGGUACGAUUGCUGGACCUCGUCGAGAAUGAAAAUGACUAUGAGGUGUUCUCGGUGUGCAAGCCGAUCUUUCGUCGCGACACCAACACUGCACUGCACAUUCUGCCUCAACUUGUGAUGUCAGUGCUGCUGCACUCGCCUCGCCACCACGCCAAAGUCGCCACUGAAGUUCUCGCUGUGCUGGCCGGGUCCGAGAACGCAGAGUCUUCUUGGUCUUCCGUGAUGCCCGGUACGCGUGAAGGCGCAGACAUGAGUCCAUGUUUACUCUCUGAGCGACACAUGAAUCAGCUCUGCGCUGAGACCGUCUUCAGCGUUCUGGACGCCAUCAACGUAUGGGUCCAGCAGCGCUGGGAUGAAGAAGCUUCCAAUCGACGACCCAAAAGCGCCUUUAUGCCCAGCGUUCAGCUGCAGCAGCUUCUGGAUUUCCUUUCCGUGUUGCCAUCCGACCAACUUGCGCGGUCUGCCUUCAGGUGCCAGGCUUACACUCGAGCUCUUAGACACAUUGAAGAGCAUAUCAGGGAGCGGCCAAACUCACUUAACUCGCAACUGACGUUCAUGCAGCAGAUCUACAACGCGCUUGAUGAACCUGAUGGCGUAAAAGGAAUUGCUGGGAUGCGGUCAAUGGAGCCCUCUGUGCAUGACUCCAUCUUGCUCUACAAGGCCAACGGCAGGUUCCACGACGCUUUGGGUUGCUACGAGUAUCUUUGUUCUGUUAAGAGUGAAAAGAAAUCCCCUGAAAACUCCGUUGAAAACAAUAAUACCGACAACAUCAAAAUCAAUGACGUGGAUUCCGUCGCCGAAGAUCCGCAUAUUGGUCUUCUUCAGUGCUACAUCAGCCUUGACCAGCCACAAGCGGUGCUCGAUAUCACGCAAGCUAUUCUCUCCAGAGACGCAAAGGAGGACGCGAGGCUCAAUGAAUUCCGCAUGGAGGCAGCUUGGCGCUUAUUCCAUUGGGACGAUUUGCAAAAAAUGGUGCGCACUCAAACUUCUUCAAAUCCUCACGAAAACACCGAUCCUUCUACGACCAUUAAUGGAGACCACUUAGAUGUAAAAGGUCCAUCGUCGGUGUCUGUUGGCCCCGCCAUGUCGUGGGGUGAGGGUGUCGGAGAAGUGCUUGUCAGUGCUCUGAACAGCGAAACUCGACGCUAUUAUGCGGGACUCAAGAAAUUAAGGAAGCAGUUAGUACCUCUGAUCGGAGCCGCUACCAUGGAGAAAGGCGCGUACCAAAGAGCAUACCCAUACUUCCUGAAGCUGCACAUCCUGAGUGAACUUGAAGAUCUUCUCUCUAGGAUCAUGAAAAUUGUUCAAACUGGAACCAUCUCUGAACCUAAUGAAUGUUUUAUCCUGAGACCAACAAGUGCCGGCAAGAAGCCAGGCAAUGAUCUUGACGACAUUCGAGUGGUGGUGCAGAAAUGGCAGCACAGACUCGAGCUCGUGCAGACAUCCUAUAAGAACUUAGAACCGCUUCUAAGUUUUCGCAGAACCUUGCUCAUGCUUGCCAGAGAAAUGCUGCUCAAGAGCUCGGUAGGAAACGACGCUUGCUGUAAGACAAGUGAACUUGUGCAGCUGCUUGAGGAAGAAGUGAAGAAACUGUGGCUGCACAGUGCAAAAGUUGCUAGGAAAGCUGGCAUGUUGCAGCAGGGAGAGACCGCAUUCCUGCAUGCCGGGAGUGGGCAUGAGGUGUUCCUCGAGCGUGCCAAGUGGUUACAGGCAAAGUCAGAUAAUUUGGCUGCUCUUGAAGAGCUGAAGCGCGGCAUGCGACGUCAUUAUCCUAACCCGACCGCGUACAAGAACAUGGACGGCAAUCUGCGCGAGAGGGAAUCGUUUGCGCGAGCCCAGCUCUUGCUGGCGCGUUACAGUGAAGACGCCGCUAUUUUGGACGUAAGUACAAUGAUGUUGACGUACAGGAUGGCCUGUGACGUGUACCAAGAGGGUGAAGACGGACAUUUCCACUUCGCCAUGUACAUUGACAGGAUACUCAACCAUAGACGAGAGAAAAGCGUUGAUUAUCAAUACCACAUUGUGUCGAGUCUGUGCAAAUCUCUUGCUAACGGCAACGCUCAUCUUUAUGAGAGUUUACCUCGCAUGCUGGGAAUAUGGCUUGACUUGGGCAGUCUCGUCGUCCAAAACGAAAUCGCGGCCAAAAAAGCCCCUCCCCCGAACAUCGCCAUUGUCAGGGAGAAACUCCAGCAAAUGAACACGCUUAUUGGCGGGACCGUGGACACACUUUGCCUCUACCAACUCAUGACCGCGUUACCUCAGUUGGUUUCUAGAAUCUGUCACUCACAUCCAGGAGUGUUCAAGGUUAUCUCGCAUAUAAUCGCUGCUUUAAUGGCAGCUUACCCACAGCAGUGCAUGUGGCACAUGAUCGCCGUCUCAAAGUCUUCGUUUAACGUCAGGGUCCAGCGAUGUCUUGAGACUUUUGAGCUCGCCAAGCGAAGGAGGCCGGGACUUGAGAAACUUAUCUCUGACGUCACCAGACUUGCGGACAGGUUUAUUGAGCUCUCCAACAAGCCUGUCGACAAGGGCAUGAGCGUGGUGAGCGUGAGCUCUCUGGUGCGCUCACUGCCGCGCCUGCUGAGCGAGAGCGCAUUCUCUGAGGUGCUCAUCCCCACACAGCGCCAGAUGAGCGUGGUGCUCCCUCCCCACGCCAAGGGGAGCGCUCUUGGGGGAGUCGCAGCUCCCAACGAGCAUAACCCCUUCCCCAGGUGCGAUGUGUACAUACAGAGCAUAGAGGACCAGGCCGAGGUGAUGGCAUCACUUCAGAUGCCCAAGAAAAUCACGCUCAGAGGCUCUGAUGGCCUCCCCUACAUCGUCAUGUGUAAACCCAAGGACGACCUCCGCAAGGACUGUCGCCUCAUGGACUUCACGCGCUUCGUCAACCGCCUCCUGACGAGGGAUCCUGACGCUCGUCGCCGCGACCUCCUCAUAAGGACUUAUGGUGUGGUGCCCCUGAAUGAGGAGUGUGGGCUCAUGGAGUGGGUACACAACCUGUAUGGUCUGCGCAACGUUCUACACAAAAUAUACAGAGAGAAGGGCAUCUACAUGGCGGCCUCUGAGCUGAAGAUGUACAUUUGCAAGCAAGACGUCCCUCUGGAGACCAAACUUGACGUCUUCAUGUACAUUUGCAAGCAAGACGUCCCUCUGGAGACCAAACUUGACAUCUUCGUCAACAAACUGAAGGCCCGGCAUCCACCUGUACUGGGGGAGUGGUUCCUUAAGACCUUCCCUCACCCUCACACAUG